UGCAGUAUAAUUAUUCACAAAGAAAGGAGGCUGAAGAGAAACAACAACAGGGUGGAAGCGGACGCAGAGACCCUUGUCAUAGUUGUUAGGUUUCUCGAACCCGCAUGCUGACUACAAGUAUCGUGUCAUAGCCCUGAGUGGCUGAGAGCAGUGCCUUUUCCAUUUGGAGGGACUUUACACAGCUCAGUAGUUCCUAGAGAAGAGUGGGGGGGCCCAGGCAGACAGUGGACUGGGAGGGGACAGAGCUCAGCUGGAGCCAAUGCAGCAGCAGCAUCGACAGCCUGAGCUAGUGGAAGGAAACCUUCCUGUGUUCGUGUUCCCCACUGAGCUCGUCUUCUAUGCAGAUGAGCAGACGUCUCACAAGCAGGUGCUCACCCUCUACAAUCCCUAUGAGUUUGCCCUCAAGUUUAAAGUGCUGUGCACAGCGCCAAACAAGUACACUGUGGUUGAUUCCACGGGAGCUGUCAAGCCACAGUGUUGUGUUGACAUAGUAAUCAGACACAGAGAUGUCCGGGCAUGCCAUUAUGGGGUGUACGACAAGUUCAGGCUCCAGGUGUCGGAGCAAAGUCAACGGAAAGCUCUGGGUCGGAAAGAGGUGACGGCCACAUUGCGUCCCUCAGCCUCACAGGAUCCGCCCAGCCCCCGGUCCCAAGAUGAGGAGCGCAGACUCAAAGAGCAGCUUGCAGACAGCGAGUUUUUUGAACAGGCUGCGUUACAGACAGAGAGCCGGCCUGUUGCUGGGGGGCCCAGCCUGCUCACAGUGCUGCUUGGACUCGUUUGCAUGGCCGCCCUGAUGCUCCCGACGCUGGGGGAGCAAGAAUCCACUGUGCCUGUCUACCUCCACUUAAGUGUUAACAAGAAACUUGUAGCUGCUUAUGUUCUUGGUCUUCUCACAAUGGUCAUCCUACGCACAUGAGCGCUGUGAGCUGAAUGGAGGAUAAGCGCUCUAAAGGAUGAAGAGAACGUUCACACACCAGAAGCACUACAACGCUUCGAUGAGCAGAGCUGACAGCAGGCGGACGGGGUCCUCGCCUCGUCCGCUGGAAGAAUACAUUUUAGUACUUGUUUUACACACAUCUAUGUUGAUACAUACGUUGACACGAUUCUGAGCUGAUGCAAAGUGAAGAUCUGCAGCGUGUGCUGCAGGUCGGAGGAG